AUGACGACGACGCAGAGGCAUCUGGCGCAGACGAUGCUGACGAAGCCAGGCGUGGAGAAGAACGACGCUAUACAUUGCAGUACCUCCAGACGCAGAAGGACAUCAAGCCGAGACACGCCCGAUGGCAUGGAGCUGCUGUCGGAGUUUGGACGACUCGACAUCCAGUACAUCCCAGGCAAGCGUAAUCAGGUGGCUGACGCCCUCAGUAGGAACCUCAUGGACGUCAACCUCGCGACGAUCUCAACCUCGUCGCCGACCAGCGCCCUUUUGGAGCAGAUCCGCCAAGCAACACGGAAGAUGCCAGGCCGGGAGCGCCAGCGCCUGCAGCAGCCACGUUUCAGCGAGGAAGAGGGCAUCUUCUACCUCACCCAGCAACAGCGACGGCGAGUUUACGUCCCCAGAGACAACCGUCUGCGCACCAAGAUCCUGAAGGAGGCCCACGACGCCUCAACCCGCGGACACCGAGCAGCUUCUCAAACGCACCUGUAUGUCAGCCAGCGCUUUUACUGGCCGAACCAGCUGCAAGAUGCAAUCAAGUAUACGGCGUCCUGCGACCAAUGCCAACGGAACAAGUACGACACCAGAGCCAAGGCCGGCCUUCUUCACCCGUUGCCGGUGCCGCCACACAACUGGCACACGGUAUCCAUGGACUUCAUCACCGGGUUGCCCAGCACUGACGGCGGACUGGACGCCAUACUGGUGGUCGUGGACAAGCUCUCAAAGCGCACCCACCUGCUUGCGACGACCAAGACGGCAACGGCCCAGGACACAGCGCGGCUUUUCUUCAAGGAGAUCGUGCGACUACACGGGGUGCCGGCACACAUCGUCUCGGACAGAGACGUUCGUUUCACCUCCACGUUCUGGACUGAGCUGUUCCGCUGUACGGGGACCAGCUUGGACAUGUCAUCGGCCGAUCAUGCGCAGACGGACGGGCAGACGGAGAGGCAGAUACGGGUGGUGCGCGAGGCACUGCGGUCGGCAGUCAACUACGGACAGCGGGACUGGCCCUCGCAUCUAGCGGCCAUGGAGUUCGCCAUCAACGCUGCUGUCUCCUCGACUACAGGCUUCUCUCCUUUCCAGCUGGACACCGGCCAACAACCGCUAACGCCCCUGGAUCUGGCGGCCCCCUCCUCACCAACGGCCGCUAGGUCUGCGGGCGCCGAGCAAUUUAUACAGGACUUCCGGUCGCGACUGCAAGCAGCCAAGGACAACAUCGCCAAGGCACAGGACCUGCAGACCCUCCACUACAACAAGCGUCGCAGACCCUGCGACAUCAAGGUGGGAGACAAGGUGCUCCUCCUCGCGGAUGCCGUACUCAGCGACACGGAACGACAACGCCCCAGCAAGAAACUGCGACACCGAUACCUGGGACCCUUCGUGGUCCUGUCCCAAGACAGGCCGGAUUCCUUCCGGCUUGGGCUACCGUCAAGAUACCGUUGUCACCCGGUAUUCCACUGCAGCAAGCUCAAGAAGUUCGUCCCCAACCCACGCAAGUUCGCCAGCAGGCGCCAACACCGACCGCGGCCCAUCGUGCACGACGGCCACGUCAAGUUCAUCGUCAACAAGAUCCUCGAUCAUCGCUUCAAGCACCGCACUCUCCAGUUCCUAGUGGAUUGGGAGGGGUACGGACCCGAUGCAAGGACCUGGGAGCCCACCAAGCACGUCGCAGGCUGCGACCAGCUCCAGGACUACCUCAACGACCACCCGGAGCUCCUCACGGCCUACACUGACACAACCAAAGAGCUUACAGAGCCCGUGUUUGUCAACGGAGUGGACGUUGGCGAGGAGAUUGCGUCGUUGCGAAGUACAGUUUCAGCGCAGGCGAGGAUGCUUGCAGAAGAGCGAGGCAAGAACAACGUGUUCGAAAACCGUCUUUGUGCAAUGGGUGUGCCGCCGAGGGUGGACACGACCACGAUCGCUGGUGUUGGAAGUGCAGGAGCCUGGUUUGGCGCAGUCUUGGCCCACAAUGGCUUGAUCUAUGGUAUACCGUUCAACGCAGCCUCAGUGCUCAUCAUCGAUCCAAGCACCAACACGGCUGAUACAACCACGAUUUCUGGAUACCCAGGCAUUAAAUCUCACGCGGGUGGUGUUCUUGUUGCAAACGGGCUCAUUUACGGUUUUCCCUUCCAUGCGACCUCGGUGCUGAUCAUCAAUCCGGACACAAACUCAGUGGACACGACAACUCUCGGCACCAUCAGUGGCAAGUGGCACAGUGGCGUUCAAGCAGAUAAUGGCCUCAUUUACUGCAUUCCAAGCUCGGCAGAGUCUGUACUCAUUAUCAACCCAGACUCCAAAACCAUUGACACCACAUCUAUUUCAAAUCUCCCUCAGGGCGAACGAAAGUGGAAUGGUGGUGUGCUCACACGAAGUGGUCUUAUUUACGCGAUCCCGAACAGCAGUGCAAGUGUGCUCAUCAUCAACCCUGCAACAAACUCACUCGAUACAACUUCAAUCGUUGGAGUUGGAGGCAAGAACCUCAAAUGGCGAGAUAUGGUGCUGGCUCAAAGUGGCCUUCUCAUCGGAAUCCCAUAUUCUGCCUCAUCGGUUCUUAUCAUCAACCCAAGCACGAACGUGGCUGAUACAACGUCAGUUCCGGUUCUCAAGGGAGGAGGAAAGUGGUUUGAGGGUGUAAUCGGUGACAAUGGAUUGGUGUAUGCAGUGCCGUUUUUUGCGAAGAAUGUCCUCAUCAUUGACCCCGGCUGCUAAUUGGUCGGCUGGCAGGCGAGGUCAUCAUCGGUUGCGAGACUUGUUUGAAACUGUGCGCGUUCGUUACUGUGCUCAUCUUUGUGUUGUCGCAUGUGCUUUGACACGACCUGUGCUAUUUCCUCGUGAGUUCACUUUGUGUGUUUUCGUGUGUCUUGUGGCUUCGCUUCCGAUUUGAUGCCACGUUCUG